CGCAAGCAAUCCUGAGCACGAACUACCUCCGCCAACUCCGCACUGCAUCUGGACCUCCGGACCGUGACUUGGCACUAGACUAGUACUUACUAGGACAGCUUGCCCCGAGUCCAACGCUGGCCUCGUAAUUGAUACUGAGUUGAUAUAAGUGAAACCUACUAUUUUCAUCCAACAAAAGAGGGAAAACGACCGAUAGAGUCCAAUUCUGCCUUAAAGAGCUAUCCCUACGCGAAUCUCGUCAGAAGACGUCUCUUGCGCUCAUUUCUGGUUGGAUCAUCCGUUCUUAAACCGACAGUCUAGGCAUUCUUAGCUCACUCGCCGGCACAGACUGCGAUGGGUUCACAGAAUCUCCUGGGUCCAGCGGAUCCCGCUACCAGUCUUCGUUUGUCGCAAGAGGCGCCCGGGUUCUUGAGAAAUAAUGCGAUUUCAAACGGACGAUUCCCGUCAUUCCUUAAGUCUGAGAAUAUGGGAGAUUGGAUAGCGCACGAACAGCAUCUCCUUGCCUGUCUCAGGACAGGAGACGAUAAAUCCGCUCAUAUUUUUCUUGACCGGUUGACCGCUCGCUUUGGCCCUUCCAAUGAGAGGGUUAUGGGUCUCCGAGGCCUGUAUCAAGAGGCUGUUGCAGAGGAUGGGAAAGCCCUUGAAGGGGUCCUCCAUGAGUACGACGAGAUUCUCGAGAAGCAACCGGCGAAUGUGCCCAUUCUAAAACGCCGCAUCGCGCUUCUGCGGUCAAUGUCUAGAAUCUCAGACGCUAUAUCUGCUCUCGUGGAAUUUGUCGAGGCCUUUCCUACGGAUGCGGAAGCCUGGUGCGAACUGGCAGAUCUAUACCAAAGCCAGGGGAUGAGCUCGCAGGCGAUAUUUUGUGUCGAGGAGGCUCUCCUUAUCGCACCUAAUGCUUGGAACCUCCACGCCCUCCUCGGCGAAUUGCAGUAUAUCGCCGCUAUUUCCACACAUGCCGAUUCAGAAGAGGACCAACAAAGGCUUCUCGUCAAUUCAUUCAGGCAAUUCUGCAGGAGUGUGGAAUUGUGCGAUGAUUACCUUCGUGGAUUCUAUGGAAUCAAAGUGACGUCUUCAUACCUGCUAGACCACUAUUUGCAAAAACCAGACAAUAAAUCCGGGAAAGGCAAUGAUAAGAGCCUGUCGAAGGAUGUGGUUGAAAGACUCAAUAUUCUGGCAACGAAGAAGCUUACGGAUGCUGUAGAGAAGCGCCAAUUGGACAUUCAAGGGCCAGGGCCUGGUCAAAGCGAACUUGCAGCAGUCCAGGAGCUUCUGAAGCAUCAUUGAAUCCGUGGGCCUCUACAGCCCGACCACGAUGUUUCCUUUCCUUUUUUCCCUACGUGCCUGGUGAUGUCUCUGUAACAUAAUUAUUGCGUUCUGAGUAGCAUGUGAUCUAGUUGUCUGCUCGGCUAAGGCACUAACUAAGUAUCGUCCUGGUUGUGCCUGAUCCAGGUACCCUGUUUUUCAUUGGACUGUAUAUGAUACCACCUCGAUCAGAAAUAAUAUUAGCAAUACUAUACUGCUCAUAAUCGAGUAGUAAUUAACU